AUGGGUUCUGCUUCAAGAGUUGGCAGUAGCAGCUACGAUUACUACUUCAAGGUUCUUUUGAUUGGUGAUUCUGGUGUUGGCAAGAGUAGUCUUCUCCUCAGCUUCAUCUCCAAUUCUAACUCUAUUAAUGACCUCUCCCCCACCAUUGGUGUGGAUUUCAAGAUAAAGUUUUUUACGGUUGGUGGUAAAAGGUUGAAGCUCACAAUUUGGGACACAGCUGGACAAGAGAGGUUUGGAACAGUAAUAAGUUCUUACUACAGAGGUGCACAUGGAAUAGUUCUUGUCUAUGAUGUGACACGACGCGAGACAUUUACAAAUCUCAUUGAUAUAUGGUCAAAAGAAGUUGAGCUUUAUUCCACUAAUCAUGAUAGCAUCAAAAUUCUUGUUGGCAAUAAGGUGGAUAAGGAGAGUGAAAGAGCUGUAAGCAAAGAAGAAGGAAUGGCUCUUGCACAACAACAUAGAUGCUUGUUCCUAGAGUGUAGUGCUAAAACUAGAGAAAAUGUUCAGCAAUGCUUUAAUGAUCUCUCAUUAAAGAUAUUAGAUGUGCCAGGUUUAAGGGAAAAGGGGUCUGUUGCAGUGAAAAGGCAAAAUCAAAAACACAUAUAUGAGACAUCUCAAAGCGGUGGUUGCUGUUCUUAG